AUGAAUACAAACAGUCGUGUGCUUUUAUUAAUAUGUUGUUUAUUGAUUUUUACACUAAACGUGUCAGGUAAUUUUUUUUGUUGGAAUUUGGUUUGAAACUAAUUAAUUAUUUGAUUUUUUUGAGGUGAGGGAUCUGGACAUAAUUUUGGUCAAAAGGAUGAUGUUCAUGAUGAAGAGUGAGUUUUAGAAAUAAAAUUAUUGAAAAACCAAACUACAGUAUGCAUUUUUUGAACUCGGUAGUUUACUGUAAUUAAAUUUGUAUUUUCUGAAACUUUUUUUUUGAUUUUUGGUAAAUUUCAUUUCAGAGAAAAAUUUUAAGUUGAUUUUUUUUGAAAAAAAGCAAUGUCGAUUUUCAGACAUAUAAAACAGCAUUUGGAAAAUAAAAUAGAAGUAGAAAAAUUAUCUGAAGAACAGCAGAGAUUCCAUUAUUUUUCAAUGCAUGAUUUGAACAAGGAUAAUUUUAUUGAUGGAAUUGAAAUCUUGAAAGCUUUGAUGCACGAACAUACGAGAACUGAGAAUGGUAGGAAAAUUAUAGUCUUACCCAAAAAAAAUAUUGAAUAUUCAGAUGCACCUGGGAGACCAGUUCAAAAUGAAGUUGAAAUCGAAAGACUUGUUGAUGCUGUUCUUGAAGAUCUUGAUCAAAAUGGGGAUGGAGUUAUUGAUUAUUCGGAAUAUUUGAAAAGACAAUCGUAA